UAAUUGCCUUUCUCUUCGAAGUUUGGAUGGUGCAGCACUGGUGAGGGCACAUCUCUCUCCGACACUCUACGAGAUUUUCUCACCAGACGCUUGACCAGGGGGACACAGUGAUGUACAUGUUCUUAUGCAAUAAUCAAAAUUGGUGGUACUCAUACCUCACUGGAAGAUCAGAUAAUUUCUCACACCGAAUUUUGCACGAGAUGCUUCCAAAUCAUUCAAUCCAUCUGUAAUUUUCCUUCAGUUUGGUCGAACUAUUUCUAAGGUUGUCUUCUGUAACUAAAUAAUAUGUGGCUAUGCAACUUAGAUUGUUACUUCUUAUCUUAGGUAAGGAACACAAUUGAAUCUCUAUUCUAGCAAGUCAAGGGACAACGCCGUAAACACGCUAUUGCUGCAUGCCUUGUUGAGUAAUUGACACGUAGCUGACACACCACGAAUUUGAACCACUUCUGGAUAUCACUAAACACUGUUGAAACUUUCCAGCAUAAAAUAACUGCAAUUUUUGCAGCUACAGAUCAAGAUGAGGCCAGGGUAGAUACACAUAGAAAGCGCCCAAAAAGAAAAGAAGUGAAAGUGAAGCAAAAGUGAUGAUCAUGACCGAUGAAAACGUAUUAAGUUGGAUGCAGAAGAAGAAUGUAUGACCGAAACCAUGAACCUGCCGCCCAUGAGGCGGGAGGACCAUGGGAAGAAGACGCUCGUGUUGGACUUGGACGAAACCCUAGUCCAUUCGUCCUUCAAACCCACCCACAACUACGACUUCCUCAUAAACGUCGAAAUUGAAGGGCGGAUAACUACCGUGUACGUGCUGAAGCGCCCCUACGUCGACCGUUUCCUGCAGGCAGUGUCUCAGAAGUUUGAAGUUGUUGUCUUCACAGCCAGUUUGCGAAAGUAUGCAGACCCACUGCUGGACGUGCUGGACCGUGAGAAUCUGGUCCAGUACCGCCUCUACCGAAACUCCUGCCGUCCCAUGCAGGGUGGAUUUGUGAAGGAUCUGUCUCGCUUGGGCAGGCCCCUCAGCAAGACCAUCAUCGUCGACAACAACCCUCAUUCAUACCUAUUGCAGCCGCACAAUGCCAUCCCCAUCAGCACUUACAUCGAUAACCCGCACGACCAGGAAUUGCUUGACCUCAUCGAUUACUUGGACAACAUCGAUUUAUUCGAGAAUGUCACCACUGCCAUUGCUUCUAGGAAUACUUAGACACUUUUUCUGCUAGUGCUGCUGUUCGUGAUCCUCAUGAUUACAGUAAUAUGGACUGUAAUCUCGUUGCAGACAUUGCUAAUUUGACCCUAAACUAAGUAUUAGGCUACAAAAUCCACUUCAACAGUCUUGCUAAUCAA